AUGAAGGCUUGGGAGGCAACAGUAAGAAAAACGCAGGCCGUGGCGAAGAAACGAGCCAAUACCAUCUUUGGGACGUAUGCAGCAUCCCCAAAUGUGGAAGAAGAAAUGAUUGAGGACUAUGAGGAAGAAGAACAUCCAAGUGGAGAGGUGUAUCAAGCAGAGAGAUUUCUUCCCAAUGGCGACUACUACACGGGGUAUUGGGCAGACAAUUUUCCUCAUGGAACUGGAAAGUAUUGGUGGACAGAUGGAUGUAUGUAUGUAGGAGAAUGGUUUAGAGGGAAGACUAUGGGAAAAGGUACGUUUAGUUGGCCUUCUGGGGCUAUGUAUGAAGGCAAUUUCAAGAGUGGUUUCAUGGAUGGAGAAGGUACAUAUUCAAGUUCCAAUGGUGACACAUAUAGGGGUUCUUGGAUGAUGAAUUUUAAGCAUGGCCGUGGUACAAAAGAAUAUGCCAACGGAGAUUGUUACGAAGGAGAAUGGUGUCGCGGGCUGCAGGAAGGUCAGGGGAAAUAUCAAUGGAAGAAUGGGAAUUAUUAUGUUGGUGAAUGGAAAAAUGGAAUUAUUUGUGGUAAAGGAAAAUUAUGUUGGACCAAUGGAAACGUGUAUGAAGGUAAUUGGGAAGAUGGAUUACUUAAGGGAAACGGAACUUUCAAAUGGCCUGAUGGGAGUCUUUAUAUUGGUAAUUGGAGCAAGGAUCCAAAGGAUCAGAACGGGACUUAUUAUCCAGCAGGAUCAACAUUGCUGGAUGGAAAUCUUGAAUGGGAUCCUCAAGAAGUGUAUAAUGUGGAUUUGAAAGAUUGUAAGGUGUGCCCAAGUGAAAAGGUUUCAAUUUUGCCAUCUAAUAAGAAGCUAGCUAUGUGGAGAUCUACAAAGGCAUCUGAUUCCAGCACAAGGCCAAGAAGAAUGUCAGUUGAUGGGAGAAUAGAUGCUGGCAUAGAUAAGGAAUUUGCUAGAAUUCCGACACCUGAUGCUGCUGCUGGCAGACAUAGUUCUGCUGGUACUUCUGAUAGAAAUGGGAUGGAUGAAAGCUUUGCAGGUCUACAGAUUGAAGAUGUCAGUACACGCGGAAGCCCUAUUAGGAUACCAAAGGUGGUGAAGAAACAAGGAGAGACCAUCUCUAAAGGGCAUAAGAAUUAUGAGUUAAUGCUCAAUUUGCAAUUGGGAAUCAGGCAUUCUGUAGGGAAACCUGGUCCACCUCCAUCACUUGAUCUGAAACCAUCAGCUUUUGACCCUAAGGAAAAGUACUGGACAAGAUUUCCGCCAGAGGGAUCCAAGAAUACUCCACCACACCCGUCGUGUGAGUUCCGAUGGAAGGAUUACUGCCCAAAAGUUUUCAGGACCCUAAGAUUGUUAUUCAAGGUGGAUCCAGCGGAUUACAUGUUAUCCAUUUGUGGAAAUGAUGCCCUCCGUGAACUUUGUUCACCUGGCAAAAGUGGAAGCUUCUUUUACUUGACCAACGAUGAUCGCUACAUGAUAAAGACAAUGAAGAAAGCAGAAGUGAAGGUUCUUCUGAGGAUGUUAAAUGCCUACUAUAACCAUGUUCGAGCAUUUGAGAACACUCUUGUGAUCAAAUACUUUGGUCUACACUGUGUUAGGUUAAAUGGACCAGCACAAAAGAAGGUACGCUUCAUCAUCAUGGGAAACCUGUUCUGCACAGACUACACGAUUCACAGACGAUACGACUUGAAGGGAUCUACUUUUGGCCGCAUUACUGAUAAGCCAGAAUCGGAGAUUGAUGCAAAUACAACUCUAAAGGACCUAGAUCUUGACUUCAUAUUCCGAUUGCAGAAGAAUUGGUUUCAAGAGUUUCGAAGACAAGUUGACAGGGACUGUGAGUUUCUCGAGCAGGAGAGGAUAAUGGACUAUAGCCUUUUGGUUGGUCUUCACUUCAGAGAAGCAACAAACAGCUGCGACCAUACUCCCCCUGGUUGUGUAACACCAACAGAUAAUGGUGGUGCAGAAGAAUCUCUUCCCCGCCUUUCUAGAGCAGACAUGGAUCAACUGCUUCUGGAUCCUGCAGGGUGGGCUAGCAUCAGAUUGGGAGUGAAUAUGCCUGCCAAGGUUGAAAGGACAGAGAGGAAAAACGAUGGCGAAAUUCAGCUAGUAGGAGAACCAACUGGAGAAUACUAUGAUGUAAUAAUAUUCUUUAGCAUCAUAGACAUACUUCAAGACUAUGACAUUUCCAAGAAGCUCGAGCAUGCGUACAAGUCCAUCCAAUAUGAUCCAACUUCCAUAUCAGCUGUGGAUCCUAAACAAUACUCGAGGCGUUUUCGAGAUUACAUAUUCAAAGUUUUUGCAGAAGACAUUUGA